AUGUCCCUCAUUGGUGCACUCAGGCUGGAAUCUGACCAUGGAUGGGAGAGGGACAUCGAGGUGCUUGUCUUCCUCUUCUGGCUUGCCCAUGCAGCAUCCUACAGGGUGGUCUCACAGACCUUCGAUAUCCCCAAGUUCUCUGUGCAUGACAUUGUGCACAGAGUGAGCCAGGCAAUCAUGGGAAUUUUGAGGAGGGUGAUUUGCUUUCCGACCGGAGAUGACCUGGAGGCAGUGGGAGCAGGAUUUGCACAGCUGGCUGGGUCACCAGCUUUCAGCAGAGUCGUUGGUGCUAUAGACGGCUGUCAAGUCCGGAUUAAACCUCCAGCAAAUAACUCCCACUGCUACUACAACAGGAAGCUGUUUCAUUCCAUCCAGCUCCAGGCCAUCACUGAUCACCGGGGGAAAUUCCUUGAUGUCUUCGUGGGAUAUCCUGGGUCUGUGCACGAUGCCAGGGUCCUGAGGAACAGCCCUGUCUACACUGGCAGCCUUUAUCCACCACCAGGCAAGUGCAUCCUCGGGGAUGGUGGCUAUCCUUGCCUGAGUGCACCCAUCUGCCUCAUCACGCCUUACAGAGAGCCUGUACAGAACCCUGUGCAGGCUCGUUUCAACAACAAGCACUCCCGUGCCCGGAACAUCGUAGAGAGAGCUUUUGGGAUGCUGAAGACACGGUGGCGCAGUAUUUUCUUCAAGGCCUUAGAGGUAAACCCUGCCUUCGUGCCUGAGGUGGUUGCGUGCUGUGCUGUGCUUCACAAUCUCGCUCUUCUCAAUGGCGACAUCGUUGAGGCAGAAAAUGAGGAAGACCAUGAUGACAGGCCCCCGGAACACAACUUAGAAGCAAGAAUGGGAGAAGAUGUGCGGGACAAUCUGGCUGCUGCAGUGUCUGCGGCAAACAUCCGUGUGCCUGCUCUCCAUGAGCACACCUACCUGUAA